AAAAAAAAAAUAAUAAAAAUAAAAAAAAAAUCUUAGACUCUCGCUCUCCCGCGAGCUAGACGCCAAAUUUUAAAAACCAAAGCCGGAGCAUGAAUAUAUAUGCCUCUGGCGGGUCCUAUCCGGUCAUCCCACCAUGGACACUACAAUGGCUAACCACCCAUCCGCAUACCCCGCCACACGCACAACCUCUUCAAGCGGUGCGGUCAUGGGAACCACCGCCCCCUGAAGCACAGGCUUCGCCAGGACGGGGACCCGUUUGCUCGGGAAGAGGCUAGGGAGAAGAGCAUUCAGACUCGAUCCGAUAGUCUGCGGCUGUGGCUGGGUAUGCCGUGCCGGUGCUCCAGUUUGGGUUUGGCCGGGUGCAGGCGGAACAAACGUUGGUGGGAAUAGAGACUGGAUUACUUUCAGGGAGGGGGUGGCGGCGUUCGGUGGAGAUGGGAGGAAGAUUCUUAAGGGGAUGUUUCGGAAUUGAGCGGGUGGGCUCGGGAUGAGGAUGUUGGAGAUGCGGUGGAAGUUUGUGAAGUCGUCUAUAUUUUUAAAUUUUUAUUUUCCCCCGCUUGCUUUUUCAGUAAUGGCUUUUUGAUUUUCUCACCUCCAUUAAAAGCUAGAGGAGAGGAGAGGAGAGGAGAGGAGUUCAAAGAAAUGCAUGUACGCACGGUCUUGGACAGCUUGCCAUAAUCCUGAUGAAUCCUCCUUAGACAACGUCAUGAUACCCUUCGCAGUUCCAUUCCGCACAAAAUCGGCCUCCUUGACACUGUUAAUGAAUGCAUCAUGCAUCACCCUUCCGUCGGCAUCGAGACGAACAAGCUCCUGGUCCGGCCAGUCGCUAAAAUGAACCUGCAACCGCCAAGGUAUUGGCUCACCGCGAUCGUGCACAUUGUCGAGAGCGGCGUCAUCUGGUUCUCGUGGAGAUGUUGCGCGCGGAGCGUCCUCCCCAACAGUGGAUUUGGAGGUCACUGGGUCUGCUCCCGAAUAUAGAUCAUAGAGGAGUCCGAGGGGGUAGUGCCAUUUCAGCGGCACUCCUUCAAAGGAAAACCAACCCUGGUGAGGUUGGGCUUCAAUGUCAAUCAAGAGAGCAGAAAAGAAAGCACGUAGCCUUGGGAGUAAGAAGGGCAGAUAUGAUACACGAGGAUAACAUAUCUGUAAAAAAUCUAGGGUUAGACAGAUGCAUAGAUGAUGGAAUAAAAUGCUUGAAGUUCACAUAUAAGGGACUGAAAAUACAAGAUAUGGGUCUGCCUUAUCAUAGGUCCUGCAUUCAGCCGGCGACAGCCCUAUCUCAAGGGGAAUACGGCCAUCCCACACUCUUCGCUGAAUGACACUUGGGGAGGGUGCUGGGCUUGCCAUGAUUCCCUGUCGUGCUCUAUUGAUGGGUGUCCGGCAGAGCAAUAUUCAUCAUAGGGCAAGCCUAACAAGUCGUCAAGUCAGUUAUGCUAAACUCCAUUAAUACUUGUUAAAACCGGGACAUGGGAUAUAAUUUAUAGCUCACGUAGACUUAAGCAACUAGUUAUGUUCUGAAUUUGACCCCUACAAUCCUAACGCCGGGCAGGUUAUCACCACUGCAAACUCAUGUUAGCAGUAGCAAACCGAGACCAAUACACAAGAAGCUUAAUAUGUCAGUUUAUUCCUGUGCCAGUUACUAAACGAAUGAUGUAUUUGAUAAUAGGUAAGUUAGUUAGUAGAAUGGGAACGUUCUUGCGAGUGACUUUUAAGGUAGCCAGCAAUUCACGUGACCAAACAUCAAAUGUGUACGUAUCUUUUUUCUACUUCCUCACUCUGCGCGGACUAUUUUUGCCCAAAUCAAUCUUGAGAACCGCUAUUUGGAGCAGCUCGGGUUAAUUACACCUUAUUGCUCGAAAACCCACUGAAAAAAAAGCCAUCUGAAAAAUCAUCCCAAGUGCCCACAGCCCGCCAGCUCAGCGGUGUUUAGCAGCUCUUCCAGCAGAUAGAUGGCUAGAAAGUUAUUAUUUACAAAUCUCAUUUGUUGGCUUAGAUCUUCCCUGCGGGAGUUCGGUGUUGGGGCUCCCGCAAAACCCAACUCUUGAAUUGAUUGAUGGUCAAUCUAUAUAGAAAAGUUUCGAAAACCCAGGAUCACAUCUUUUUAUUUUUUUAUAUACUGCAUGGAAGACGAUCUGCUUCAGCUGUAUCUCGAGGAUAUCCGGUAACUAUGACGGAUAGCGGACGCCCUUCAAAGAGGUUUAAGAGCUCUCAUGAAACUUUGCAAGAAGAGGGCUACGAUACCCCUUUACAAGAUGUUAGCACGUUGGCAUCCCUCAACAGACCCAUCACACCCCCUUUACGGCGGCAGCCUUCAGGGCAGCCUAGGACAUCCAGUCCAAAUAAACCGCAAGGAAAAGCUCCUUCAACACCAAAGAACAUCCCAUCUCCAAUCCAGCUCACACAUAUCCGCGAUUUCUCUGCAUCAUCAGGGAACAAUGCGGAUGCUGUCAGGUUGCGGGAUAUUCUCGGGGACCCUCUCAUCAAAGAAAGUUGGCAGUUCAACUACAUGUUUGACGUCGAUUUUCUGAUGAGCCAGUUUGAUGAAGAUGUGCGGAAUUUGGUAAAUGUGAAAAUCGUACAUGGCUCUUGGAAACGGGAGUCUCCCAAUCGAAUUCAUAUCGAUGAAAGUUGCCGCCGGUAUCCCAACGUCGAGCCAAUAGUCGCUUAUAUGCCAGAACCAUUUGGGACACAUCAUUCGAAAAUGAUGAUCCUUAUCAGGCAUGACGACCAAGCUCAGGUUGUUAUUCACACGACCAACAUGAUUGCUGGAGAUUGGGCGAAUAUGUGUCAAGCAGUUUGGCGAUCUCCGCUACUUCCCAUGUGUCAUGAAAUGAAACGUGGGCCAGGUUCUACCGCUUCGAACAGGUUCGGGUCAGGAAUUCGAUUCAAGAGAGAUUUGAUAGCGUAUCUCGAGGCUUAUGGCCGUAAAAAGACUGGCCCUCUCGUCGACCAACUUGAAAAGUACGAUUUUAGCACCGUUCGAGCUGGGCUGGUAGCCAGUGUUCCCUCAAGGCAAGCAAUUGACGAACUAGAUUCGGAAAAACAUACGCUCUGGGGCUGGCCUGCACUCAAGGAUGCAAUACAACAAAUCCCACUUAACAAGGGGACCAAUACUACAGGGAAUAGACCCCAAAUAGUCAUACAGAUAUCUUCAGUGGCAACACUAGGUCAAACCGACAAGUGGCUAAAAGAGACAUUCUUCGCUGCACUCUCUCCAUCGCCAUCGCGGUCUAGCUCCUCGGGUUUAUUCAAACCCAAGACAAACCCGCCUGCCAAAUUCUCAAUUAUAUUUCCCACCCCAGAUGAAAUCCGCAGAUCGUUGAAUGGCUACGCAUCCGGCGGAUCUAUCCAUAUGAAACUCCAGAGCUCCGCACAGCGAAAGCAACUUGAGUACUUGCGCCCAUAUCUAUGUCGCUGGGCAGGCGAUGGUGAUGCCAGCGAUGGCAGUGAUAUCUCCGGACAGGGCUCAACCAAUACCAACGCCAGGCGAGAACGGGGCAAGGACGCCAGUGAAUCCAGUCAAAAACACGCUACCAUCGACAAAAAUGGCCAGCCAAUUCGGCAAGCAGGACGUCGCCGAGCAGCACCGCAUAUAAAAACAUACAUCCGUUUCUCAGAUGCAGACCUGACCACCAUCGACUGGGCAAUGGUGAGUUCUGCAAACCUUUCGCUGCAAGCCUGGGGCGCUGCAGCGAAUGGGAAGAAAGAGAUACGGAUAUGUAGUUGGGAAAUAGGCGUGAUAGUCUGGCCUGAUUUAUUUGUUAACAGAAAGGUGGAUGACGAUGAAGAUGACGAUGAUGACGAUGAUGAUGAUGAUGAUGAUGAUGGAAGCGGGUGGAAGGAGAAGGGGAAAGGGAAAAAGGCACGGGAGAAUGGCAGGAGAGGGGCACGGGAAGAUAAGAACAAAGUCGCGGUGAUGUUACCUUGCUUUAAGCAGGAUAUGCCUGAAGUCAGAGUAGACAAGGACAGCGGCUCGUCAACGACUACUACUACUACUACUACAUUUGUGGGGUUGCGUAUGCCGUACGAUCUGCCUCUGAGUCCAUAUACCCCGCAAGACCAGCCCUGGUGUGCGACAGCUUCCUACAAGGAAACCGACUGGCUAGGGCAGACGUGGGAGGAGGAAUAGCCGUGUGUAAGCCUCGUGCAGAGAACAGCGUGCCGUUUUCCCGUCCUCCCGAGAGCAUUUGAUUAAAUAUAUCGCCUUGUGAAAUAGAGCCACCAUCGUGGGUACAUCUGGAUCAUUAUCGCUACUUCAACUACCAGUAGAUAUCGCAGGAUGACCGUGGGCUAGAAGCCGGCAAGGCUAUGACAAAUACCCUCGCUUCUUCCCAUUUAAUUCAAGGCUGGCACACCAGACCGAUAGUUACACAGCAAGUCGCUUUAAACUCCCAUUCGUAAAGAUGAACAUACAUGAAGACAAAUCCUUGAUUCUUCUUCUAAGUGCAAGAGACAUUUUUAAUGACUCCCGUAUUGGACGGACUGCUUCUUUUGCUGCAUACUUUCCUCAACUACAUCGCGGCCCCUGUUCCUAAUAAGCCCUUUAACUGAUUUCCUCCACCCAUUCAGCUGUUGCCAACCCUCAGCCUGAUUUUCAAGCACUGUCAUCAAAUAAUAUCACUUUAUAUAUCUAGAGACAUGUGUCAGAGCACACAGGUAGCGCAGGGAGGUCAAUUUCAGCCGCCAUGGCGCCAGCGCAACCAGCGGGAGACGACGACAACAAUAGGACAUAUAGCUAGGAGAGGAGACAAGAGAAUAUAUGACACUGUAUAAAAUGAUAGUUAUGGGAUGUCCAAAUAUUUAUAUAAAUAUCAAACAGUGAUGCUACAACAUAUACAUACAUAUACAUAAUAUACAUGUAUGGCCCGUAGGAAUGCCGCACCCGA